AUGCCUAUGAUGUUUAAUGAUGGACAUGAACAACCAUGCUAAAUAUCCAGCAUGUCUCUUUUUAGAAUAGCCUAAAACUCUAUUAAGGUUCUGGGCCUGUUGAUCACCAACUAGUUCAAUCAUCACAGAUCCAUUGAUUUUGGUUUAGAUUUUUAUCAUUUUCAUUCAUGUGGAAUGAGUUUACUGUUUGGUGAAAAGAAUGGCACAUUGACUGAUGUCAUAACGUAGGGGAAUAGUUGAUUGCCAAUAAAGUAAAGAUGAAAAUAUUGUUAAAAAGUGAGAAGUGGCUUUUUUUUUGCAUUAAAUUGAUGCAAAAGCAUGUAAAUGUCCGUGUUCUAAGAGUUAUUUUUUCAGUGAACGUUGUCAGCACUUGAGUUAUGUGUAUCUGAGAUGCAUUUAUUGACAGCCAACCCACUGAGGAUUUGAGGAAAAACAACAUUUUUCACAUCUUUCGGAUAAAAAAUACACAAAAAUGGCCACAAUUUUUUUCCGUGAUGUUCCCGGGCAGAGCAGACCCGCCUAUUAUAUCCAAUUAUUGGUUCUUAAGGUCAAAGUUAACAGAAAAAACACAAUUAAAAAGUAUGUGGAGAGGGGGGGGUCACUCAUAGACACCGGAGUUCAAUGCGUGUUAACACAUUUAUUCAUGGUGUAAGAACCGGUGGUUCGUGUCGCUUCCCUCCCCACCACCAGGGGGCGUCAGUCCACCUUCCUGUCGACAGACAGGUGGAGGUGAGACAGGCUGAACGGCUGUUAUAAGACUACAGCAGUGCGACAGAAUGAUACAUCAGAAGAACAGCAGCAAACAGUUGCGCGUUAAUCAUCUUUAUUUGAUCGCAGCUCGGGUUUUGGCCCCAGGAGAUCCACCUGAGAUCGUUUACAGGUGGAUGGAAUCCAAGUUAAACACUGUUGGUAGACAGCUGCUCUGCGUGUAAUCCCUCCUCACGGGGGGGGGGUUGAAUAAAUAAAAAGCCCAAAACAACUCAUUUGUUUAUUGUUUGGCUCCUGUUGCAGAAAGAUGCUCCACAAAAUAUGUAAAUCAUCCGCGGUUUCAGGGGUUGGAGUUUUAUUUCCACUUUAAAUUGCCUUAAGAGGGAGACGCGCUGUAUAUUGUACUCAACGGGAUAAAGGUUUUCCUCGGAGCCUCAUAUGGCGCCGGGCUCGGUAAGCCUCUUAGGAAUCAAGAGGGGAGAAUGCCAAUCAGCGGAGAGGCCCGACGGCUGCGGCAGCGCGCGCUCCGAACCGCGGCGGCCACAGACCGCAAACCGCGCUCCGCCGAGAUCCCGCGCCGACUGACACAGAAAAGAGGGGCCAAACCACGAGAACCCGUGUCCCCCCCGGUGAGCGGAGCCGUGCUUCCCCUGGAGGUCGGGCAGCAGAAGCCGCGCCGCGUGUCGGGGCCGAUGCGCGGGGCGGACGGUCCUCCGGUGCCGGCUCGGCGCUUGAAGGACCGGCCCCCCCCCCACCUGAGCGCGAAGCGCCGCCGCCCGGGCCUCGCGCCGGAGCGCCAGGUGAACUGCGUCCUGGUCGGAGACGGAGCCGUGGGCAAGACCAGCCUCGUCGUCAGCUACACCACCAACGGGUACCCGGCGCAUUAUGUCCCCACCGCGUUGGACAACUUCUCCGUGAUGGUUCUGGUGGACGACAGACCAGUGAGACUGCAGCUGUGCGACACCGCCGGACGGGUGAGCUGCUCGCGAACGAUGCACGGACUUAACACCCUAAACACACACCCCGACGCGCGCGCAGGUGUUAAUACCGUCCACCCGAACGACGUAACCGCCGAGCUGCACCUCUGUCUCUCUCGUCCUGCUUUGUCCCGACAGAAAUGGGGUCUGGGUGACGGGUCGAUCCACGACGAGCUGGAGCGCCUCCGGCCUCUGUGCUACAAGAACGCCGACGUCUUCCUCCUCUGCUACAGCGUGGUCCGCCCCUGCUCCUUCCACAACCUGCUCCGCCGGUGGGUCCCCGAGGUCCGUCGGCACCGUCCCGGCGCGCCGCUGGUCCUCGUCGGCACCCAGCUGGACCUGAGGGAGGACGUCCAGGUGCUGAUUCACCUGGCCCACGGCCAGCAGCGGCCGGUGGGCACCGAGGAGGGCCGGCGGCUCGCCCAGGAGCUCGGGGCGGUGGGCUUUGCCGAGUGCUCGGCGCUGACCCAGAAGAACCUGAAGGACGCCUUUGAUUCGGCCGUCCUGGCCGGCGUCCAGCAGACGGACGGCUGCGGCGUCCAGCAGCAGACGCUCGCUCCGAGGAUGAAGACGCCCGAUACGGGCAAGAAGAACCUCUCGGAGACGUGGUGGAGGAAGAUCAACUGUCUGAUGGGAGAGCAGAGCUGUGACUUCCAGUGAGCAGCUGCAGAGAAACACAAGCUGGUUCUUCAUCUUGGUAGAUAUGGUUGGGAGGCCAGCUGCGUUUUGGAUUAUCGCCCCGAAUGCGGGUUGGACCCAGCAGCACGACUCAAACCUCUACCCUGGUAGCAUUAAGGCAGAGUCAGCUAGCUCAGUAGAUAGCCAGCUAGCUUUUUACACUGGUUACAGAAGGUUUGCUCGCCGUCGCUGUGACGACUGGGUGGGUGAAGCAUUAACUUGUUAUAUUUACCCGUUUAGCUCCACUGCUCGUUUUAACCGGUAAAGAGCCUCUGACUCUCUUUGGCUUAUACGGAGCGGUUAGCUGCCCGAUGGCGAAGGCAACGCUUCGCUGGGAAAUGGACGCCGCUCUGGUCAAUCCUGUUAGUGGGAGUGGUGCUUAUCAGAGUGUUUUUAACUUGUUACGGUAUGUUGCCUGCUGUGAACAUAUUGACGCACAUGCGUUUGAAAGAAAAACGUUAUUGCGUAAUAAAUGACAAAUUGUGGUUGUGUUCAAAAUGAAGAAACUCCCGAGGGACAGAAGACAUCUUGGUUGAAGAGUUAAAAUCACAAGUAUUUAAUAAAAGAGAUGGUGUUGUAGUAAAAAGAACAUCUCAGCUGAGGAGCUGCUGGUCUUUGCAGUCAACAGGCCACAGGGCCCUUUGAC